AUGUCAGAAAAGAAGCUGAGCUUUCGGGACGAAGGUCGCCCACUAUAUCCGCAGGAAAAGCUUGGUUUGAAGGAGAGUCUACCCAAGAAAGAUGCUUCGCAUCAAGGAAAAUCAGCUGCGAACACUUGUUCCGAAGCGUCGUCAAGUGUGUCACUAGCAAGCAAUAAGUACAUUGUUCCCAGGCUCAAUGAUGUUCUACUCGGCCGGGGACGUAAAUUAGAGGCACAUGCGGGCAACAAGGCAUUCCGUGAUACCAUCGACUCCUUCCUUCCUCGAUUCGACUUAGAGAGAAGUCGCAAUGGAAGAAGCCGUUUAUUUGACGAAAUUGUUCAUUUUGUUUGCAAAGAUGGCGUCCAGUUUCUUCAACAAAACGAACUUUCGGGCGAAUGGGAGGUAGCUCCAAUUGAAAUUGGCCGGGCAAAGGUUGGGCAAUCCCUUCGAUAUCGCCAGCGACAAAAAAAGCGACGAAUCUCUGAUGAAGAAGAUCCCAUUUUUGUUGAGCCCGCUACAAUUGGCACUAUGAAGGAACGUUUUCCAUCAGUGCCUAGCUCGCGAAACGAACCGCUUUUGACCGAUGAGCAAAUUCUGCGCGCAAUUGGGGAAACCCUAGUCUCUGAUUCUCUUCCAGACGAAUGCGAAACAGAGGAUGCUUUCAGCUAUUCAGGCGAAUCGAGCGAAGAUCCGGUAUAUCAGGAUUAUUCUUACAACAAAUUGAGAUUCAAAGGCUUGCUGACUAAUUCUGAACACUGGUGGGAACAUCUUGUAAAGGAUAGUGUCUAG